GAAUCUCUCGCAGUUGUCCAAUGUUUGGCGGAUGUCAGAUGAAUCAUUGCCGGCCGCAAAUACCCUACCAUUAUUUACAUUGAUCAUAUCGCGCUAAAGUCCAUCCUGAUCAUCGGCUCAAACAACGAACGGCUGCAACAAUGGGAGAACCGUCUUGAGGAGUGCGACUAUGUCAUAUACCAUCGUCCCAACACCGAUAAUAUGAUAGGAAUAGCCGACGGUCUCAGUCAAAUGCCCCCAUAUUAUCAAUCGCAAGCAGUUGCAGAGGACGAUCCAGGACCUUUAGCAGCCGCGGCGAUGUCCCACGAACACAGAAUAUUGAUCACCGCCAUGUCCGAUCAAUUUAAGAAGUAUAUCGAAUCCCCUAUAUGUCAAGGAAUCAUUGAGCAGCUGAAAGGUGACAAUAUCUACCUACCGAAGCUGUCUCGUCACGAGAGAAAAGCGUUGGAGAGGAAUUGCAGUCGGUAUAAGCUGAUAAACAAUCAUGAAAGACAUUUGAUGUGGCAGGAAACGAAUGGGAGGUGGAGCCGAUGUAUUGUGGAAGAGGAGAUCGCUCAUAUAUUAACGGUUUUUGACGAAGACCAUGGUCAUUACGCCGACGCCAUUACGUUUGACGCGAUGAUUGGCAAGGUGUACUGGCUGAAAAGAACCCGCGGUGUCAAAUAUUGGUGUAUGACGAUCCCAACAGUUCGAGCCAUUGUCUAUAUUCGGUAUGGACUCUGCUGGACCCAUCAACCCGCCCUGUAACUCCACUGGUGCCAGGUAUAUCCUUGUGUGCAUUGAUUAUUUUACCCGUUUCAUAUGGAUACACCCCUGUGCGAGAGCCACGGAAGAAGGGGUCAUAUAUUUGUUCGAAAGGUGACUAUCUCCUGCAUUCGGAU